CGUCACACACUCCUGAGCUUAUCUUCCCCACACGGCAAGAACCUUGUGACACCGUCUCGGCCCUUAGCCCCUUGACGCCCUAUAAAUCCCAUCCUUUCUGCUGUUCACCUGUCCAAAUAACAGCAAGAGAAGAAGGAAGGAACCGAGAGAGAGAGAGGAAAAAGCUACACUUUUGGAGUUCUUGAUUUGUUUGCGAGCGCAUGGGGAUCCACCCGACAUCGCCCAGUACCGGUGGCAGCAGCGGCAAGAAGGACCUCCGGCGGCUGCCGCACGUGUACAGCAAGGUGCUCGAGCUGCCGCUCCCAGCGGACACCGACGUCGCGAUGUUCGAAGGUCCCGACGCCUUCCACUUCGUCGCGGCCGGUGCGCAUGGUGCCACCGGCGUGGUGCGGGUGCGCACCGUGGGGAUCUACCCCGGGGUUGUCAAGGUCGUCGUGCAGGCUGGCGCCGGAGGUAGUGAGGAGGGUGAUGCUGACGACAUGAAGACCGACAGGUGGCGAUCCCGGCUGCCUGAGGCGAGCUGUCCGGCGAUGGCGGUGGCUGGGUACGUCGACGGGCAGCUUGUUGUGACGGUGCCAAAGGGGCGUGGCGGCGGCGAAGGAGAGGUUACCUGGAGGUGCUGCUGUGGCGGAAAGAUGAAUGGAAGGCUGGUGGUUGUCCAGUAGAGCAGUUGUGCAACAGUGUUUGGUCGCUAGUAAGGUCUUACCAUCUUUCUUUUUGGGUAAAGAUGGGUUGUUUAUUCUGCCUGGUUUUAGCAACAGAUCUUUCAUCCUCCUACUGCUUCUUGAGCAUAUGGAAGAAUUCUCUUUGGUUUCCUUGAAAUCAAAUGUAAUUGUACAUAAAACUGUUACUCUGUGAGAUAUCCUUUUCUUGGUGUA